AGUCCAUGCAGUCGAGCUCUCGUUUUUUACAAUCCAGUAGCUGCCCUUCGAGAGUGAUGAACUCUAUAAACUACAUACGACAUGAGCUAGAUUAUCUUGGACAUGAGGUUGCGCAGGUUUUAGAUAAGGUGUUAUCUUUUGAUACAUCAGAGGAUGAAGUUAUCAGGAGAGUAGAGGAUAUUCUACUUCAAGGAAGGGAUAGCCAUUUGGACCACAUACAUGUUUACACUAAGCAUCAACCUCUAGAUGGUGGUGUUGUGGGUAUCAGAGCACCUCCGCAACAGGAGGAGGAAGAGAAUACACCAGGGGAUGAGAUAUUUGAUGAUACACUGACACUACACAUUGACCAGGGAGCAUUCCUAUUGCUUGUAUUACCUCCUGGAGACUCCAACUUGUAUUAUGAGGAUGGUCUCACUGACAAACAGGAGCUAGGAUUGACGGAUCCAACACUAAGACGUAUCCUAUUGAUAGUAAUACGGGUGCUUAGUAAACUGAAACAAAGAGCUUUGAUGCCGACCAUCACUACCCAACAUCUACACCAGUGGUUUUCAGCAUUGGAGGUUAACUAUGGUGAUAUCGACUUCCAAUGCUUAAUUGGUGAAGGAGGAUAUGGUAGAGUAUACCGUGCUAGAUACAUGCAUAAACAUGUAGCAUGUAAGGUAUUCCGUGGUGGUGGUACUACUCGUCAACAACCUCGUGAUAAGGUUGAUGAUAAUGAUCAUCAUCAUCCGCCUCUUCAUCCAGAACAGCAACACAUAUCGAAGGAUUUCUGGAUAUCCCUCGCACCACGUUAUAGUCUAUUGACUGAAUACAUCCCCUGUGGCUCUCUUUUCGACCUCUUACAUCGUACUCAUCCCGGUCAUAAGAAGAGUCAUGAUAUUGAUGGAUGGUCACUGCCUCGGGUAGUGAGUAUUGGAAGAGAGAUAUGCCUUGGUAUGUCCUACUUACAUACCCAUGGGGUACUGCAUUGUGAUCUCAAGAGUAGCAAUGUACUUAUAUCAGAGAGCUGGGAGGUGAAGAUAUGUGAUUUUGGUUUAUCCUUCAUGACUGGUGAGUCCAAUAGAGAUGCUAGAUUACCUUUGGGAUGCGUGGGUACUCAUCACUGGAUGGCUCCAGAGAUACUACGUGGAGAGGAGUAUUCUCAGUAUGCAGAUGUAUACAGUUUUGGUAUGAUACUAUGGGAGAUGGUAUAUCGUAUGAUACCUUACGCUCAUUUAUCGGCCUUACAAGUCAUAGGUAUCGUGGGAUAUGGACACAGAGUUCAUCAUCAUGGACCAUCUAGACCAUUAUUACCAAUGGAUGAUUGUCCUAUGCCUUUACGAAACAUCAUGAUGCGAAGUUUACGCUAUGUCCCGGCGACAAG